UUUUAUUUUGUUUUUGAUUUAGGCAAAUUUAUUUUAUUUCAAAGUCGAACUUUUUAUAAACAUUUGAAUUCAGACAACACAUUUUCUAUUGAAAAUUAUCUGUGAUAAAUUCUUUAUGUGAAAGAAAACUAUGGAUAAAGAACCUCAAUUACCACCCCGUCCAACCAAUUCUUCGAUACAAGAUUCGAAAAAUGCCUUCAUCACAUGGGGCCGUUUGACUAGUGUUGAAGCUGAGCUUUGGAACUAUGUUCCUCCUGCUCCUAAAGAUGGUGAUACUGAUCGAUCUAACAAUCAUCAACAACAAUCAUCAACUGAAGACCAAUUCGAUGAUAAUCAUAGGAAUAAUAUUUUAUAUGAUUUUAGAAAAUCAUCAUGUCGACUAUCCGAAAAUGAUCCACCAAUAUUACAAAGACCAAGUCAUUUAUUCAAAACUAAAAAAUUAUCCGCUUCGAGCGAACAACUUUCACAUAGCUCAUCAAAUCGAACUAGACAUUUCAUAGAUUGGCAUUCAUCAAUCGAUCAGAAUGGAAAUCGAAACGAAGAUGUUGAUAAUGAAAUUUCUAAAAGUUAUAAGGAAAAAAUAAUGGAACUUUUCAAAAUUUCACCCAAUCAUAAUGAACGAAGUAAUUCUUUGACAGUGAACACAAUACCGAAUCCAAAUGAUUUCAAUUUUCAACUAAAUCCAUUAUAUUCUAAUUGUAAUGUUCGAUGCAAUAACAGCAACAAUCAUGACCAAAACGAAUAUGCCAAACUUUAUUGGCCAUUAUCAAGAACCGUCACACAUCCAUCUUCAUUUUCAUCUAGUCUUCCUGGUGUUUCACCACUAUCACCAAUAGCUAAUCCAUUUUACAUGAAUAUGCCACCUCAUUCUCAGAAUCCUCAUCAUUUAAUGAUGUCAUCAUCGAAUCAAAAUCUGCAAAUGUUUCCUCCUGAACAAAUCAUGAAUCUUCAAUUAAUUGAUAAAAUCAAUUCAACAAAAAUUCAAGAUUCGUCAAAUAAACAAAUAUCUAAAUCUUCAUCAUUUUCUAAUGAAAUUCUUAUUCCUGAUGUGUUGACACCUAUCUCAGUUUAUCCUACUACACCGGAAAAUCCUAAGCAAAUCAUUGAUUUAUUUGAUCCAUUAGCUGAAAAAAUUCCUCUUAUUCCGAAUGCACUUCAAGUCCAUUCUGCACCAGAAUAUGUCAAUAAUGUUUGUUCGGACUUGAUUAAUUCGUCCACUAAGAGAGAAGAUAUUAUCAAUAACAAUAAUAGUAAUGUAGAUAGCUCAUCAACUAAGAAAUCUCAAGUCAGCAAGCCGGAUCGGAACAGUUUCGACGAAAACAAAGCGCAUUCGAUUUUCGAAUCCUUCAAAGUUGAACCGCGUGAAACUUCAUUCAGCAAGGAAUUGAAAGAAUUUUGUGAACAUUUAAAGUCUUUGUACAUGACCUGUUUUACUAGCAAGACUACAAGUUCUUGUGAUGUAAAUUCUGGUCUAGUUUUUUCGCCACAGAUCGAAGUCGACGAUUUUCACAGACAAUCCAAUUGUCAAUCCGAUAAAUUAUAUUUCUAUGGUAUUUCCAAUGCAAAUGAUUCGUUGCCUAGCGUAGAUUUAAAUCAAAUUACUGUCGAAAACAAUAACGAUGAUAAUUUGAUCAUUAUUGAUGUUCGUUUCAAUUCAUUGGUUUAUUAUAAAAUCACCAACAAAAUACCUAAUGAAUCGAACGUUGUUCCAUGUGUAAAAGUGAUAGAUCCAAACUAUCUUUGGUUCUCAAUGAAAUUUCCUGCCGAUUAUGAUAAAACUGUUGAUGUGAUCAUUUCUCACGUUGUUCAUAAUGUUGCAGAAAAAGAAAAGGACGAUAUUGAUGAUUUUUUGCUAAAACUGAAUGGUUUUAAUGAAUUUCUUCAAUCUGAAUCAACGCUAUCUUCAUAUGUUUAUGUUCAAAACUGUAAAAUAAACAACAUAGACAUCGUAUUGGAACUAGUUGAUCAAACAGCAACCGAUUUUUGGCGUCCAUUUUUGCGUUGUGAAUCAGAUACCAAAAAACUUAUGAGCGAUUUUAAUUACCAACAAAUUCUGCCUAAACAAUUUGUAAACAAUUUUCAAGGUUUCAACCAUGAACAGCUUAACAAUCUAAUCGAUGAUCUCAAUUGUUCAUAUACGACUUUUAUUUCCGCUUUCAUGGAUUCCGUUGAAAAUAAAAAAUUAUUUCAUGAAGUCAUGGAAAAAAUUUCCACUUUGAAACGGUUUUUGUCAAACAUGGAAACAAGUGAUUUAAUUUUGGCUAUAGAAAAAUUAGAAUCAAAUUUUCGAGAAAUCAUGAAUUACACCCGUGGUGAUAGUGUCCAUAAUAAUAGCUUUAUAGAGGAAUCACGAAAAAAAUUGCAAGAUGAAUUUCUCAAUAUUGUCCAGAUAUUCGUAAAAUACAUAGAAUUGUAUUCAAAUACAUUUCCCGUAAAUUUUGGGCUGCCGAAAGUUGUCAAUAAAGUACAAAAAGCGAUGAGUUUUGAUGAUGAUCAGACUGAGAAAAAAUUUGUUACCUUAAGACGAAGACGGCGAACAGAAAUAUCUCAGUUAAUAGAAUCCUUAACCAUACAUUUAGAUAGUUGCACACAAGUUCCAGAUAAAUGGUCAUCCACGUAUCAUAAUUACGCCAUAAUGGUGAACAUAUUUCAUGGAUACAACCUGAUUAAAUCAACGAUAACUAAUAGAACUAAAAUUCAACAUGUGACUACUCGUUUCAAACGAUUGACAUUUAAUCAAUGCAUUGAUUCUGACAUACAGAUAUCAAUGUUGCCGCGUGAAUGUAGAAUCGAAUUGAUUUUGGCUGGAUUUCGAGCCAAAUCGGAAGUCGAUGCUUUGGCCACAACAUUUUUGUAUCUUUUCGAUAAUGAUGAAAUAUUUCAGAAUGGGUUUCAUCUUUUACCAUGGACAGAACUAAAAUCUCCUUAUACUUUUCCUCCAAUUUCAAUGGACUUUGAUUCACCCGAUAAGUCGGCUAUAUUACGUGAAUUUUUGGAGAAUAAUUAUCUUGUCUCCCAUAAUCUUGAUCCAGAUGCAAUGAUGAUUGUUAUACGUGUGACACCGACAUUAUCCACGAAUAUUGAUUAUUAUUUUCCCGAAAUAAAAACUAAAGAAUUAUCCCUUAAUAUGAAUUCGGUCAUACCGAUGGUAGAAAAUGAUGGCUCAUAUUCAGGAGAUUCGUUAUAUGGUUUUCAUGGAUGCAAUACAAAUCGACUGACAAAUAAUGUAAUUAAAAUAUUACAGAAAAAUCCAAUUGAACAACUCACAAAUAAUGAACGGGAUAUCAUAUGGAAACAACGGAAAACAUUGAGAGAAUUUCCUGGAUCAAUAUUGAAGCUAAUGAAAUCACCUUCCAGCUGGUCUUGCCAUGAUUUGCCUGCUAUCUAUGAAUUGCUAAAAGGAUUCGAUCAAGGACAUUACGGAAAUGUAUUUCGAACAAAGAUAGAAGUCCUUCAAUUGCUCAGUAUGGAUUAUCCGGAUAAAUUUGUUCGACGCACUGUAGUAAAAUGGCUCAAUUCUAUUUCGGUGGAUGAACUUUGUGAUUAUCUUCCACAACUUGUACAAUCUUUACGAUUUGAAACAUCGAUCGAUUGUCAUCUUAUUUGGUCUUUAUUUGAAUUUUCUUUGAUGUCGGCCAGAUUCUGUCAUUAUUUUUAUUGGCAACUGAAAUCAUGUCUUAGCGAUAACACGUUCGGUAUUCGUUGUCAAAUCUAUUUGAAUGCUUUACUCAGUCUAUGUGGGGAACGAACUCGUGAUCAAUUCCUUGGACAAGAUAAAAUUUGUGAAGAAUUUUCAAGGAUUUCGGCUGAAAUUAAACAAGCAUCGAAAGAUUCACGUACUGUUAUCUUACGUACGCGUCUGGAAAAAAUCAAUGAAGAUCUUAAAUCGAAUCCUACCUCUCUCCCGUUGUCGCCUGCGUUAUUUGUCAAUGGACUUGCAAUUGACCAAUGUUCAUACUUUAAUUCCAAUUCUUUGCCACUUAAAUUAGUUUUUGAUGGCGCACCACCAUAUCGUAUCAAUUCUUGUUUUGACAAUUAUUCUACUCAUGCAAUAACCGAGUCUUCGACACAAUCAAAAUUGGCUACCAUUUACAAAAGUAAACAUUGGUGGCAUAAAAUCAUUUUCAAAUGUGGUGAUGAUUUACGAAAAGAUAUGCUCGUUAUGCAAAUCAUUUCAAUCAUAAAUCGUGUUUGGCUUCGAUCUGGAUUAAAUCUCCGAUUAAUAAUUUUUAACGUCUUGAAUUCUUCACAUCACACUGGAAUGAUUGAAAUGGUUAGUCGUGCAUCUACGUUGCGAGAAAUUCAACAAGAACAUGGAUUGACAGGAAAUUUUAAACAUCACACUAUUGCUACUUGGUUAAAACGUUAUAAUACGAAUGAAUUUCAUUACAAAGUUGCAAUCGAAAAUUUUAUUCAUUCCUGUGCCGGUUAUGUGGUCAUCACCUAUCUUCUUGGCAUUUGUGAUAGACAUAAUGAUAACAUAAUGGUCACUACAUCAGGAAAUCUUUUCCACAUUGAUUUUGGUAAAUUUUUUGGUGAUGCUCAAAUGAUGGCCGGAAUCAAACGUGAUCGAGUCCCAUUUGUAUUCACUGCCGAUAUGGCAUUUGUCAUUAAUGAAGGUGGACGACCAUCAAAGAAUUAUCAAUUUUUUGUCGAUCUUUGUUGCCGUUGUUUUAUUUUGGUCAGGCAGAAUGGAGAUUUUCUUUUAUCUUUAAUGGCCAUGAUGAUUCGUUCCGGUAUUGAUUACGUGACUCCUGAAACUAUUCAAUAUUUUCAUAAAGCAUUGAUGCCCAAUCUAAUUGAAUCUCAGGCAAAAGUGGAAUUUAAUAAAUUGAUAGAAAAAGCACUUGGAUCAUUAUCCACUCAAUUAAACUUUUUUCUUCAUAGUAUUGCACAAUCACUUUCAAGUAGUGGAAAUAAUAACGGUGGUGCUAGUUCAUUAGAUGAUCGACAUUCCUCUUAUCUUGGUCCAUUAUCAUCUGAAACGUUAAUGAACGAUUCAACAAACAAUUUAGUCAAAAUAUCCGAAAUGGAUGAUUUGUCAAAUAUGGAAGACAAUAUUUCGGAUUCAUGUCAGUUUUCAUUCACAAAAUGUCGAUUUACCGAAUCACUUGAUGGUCAUAUAACACAAUUGGAAAUUGUGAAUUUCAAGUUUUUCAUAGCUGAAAAAAAUGAUAAAAUCAAUUUUUAUAAGAUUAAAGUUGAUCGACUUAAUUAUCCGGAAAAUUUUGUAUACCGAAGUUUUAAAGAAUUUCUUGAAUUAUAUGAAAAAUUGUCACGAACAUUUCCUUUGGCUAAAUUUUAUACAUUGAAAAGAUCACCAAUGCUCAAUCGAGCAAGUCGACAACAAAUUGCAUCACAUCGAACACGGGAAUUGACAUUAUUCCUCAAAGAUCUCAUGAGCAUGGCUUCGGAAAUUUCUCAUUCUGAUUUCGUUUAUACAUUCUUUCAUCCAAUUCUACGAGAUCAACAAUUUUCCGAUCUUGAAAGCAUAAAUUUUUCUAAUAAUCAGGCGACAGCCAGUACUGUUCCCGAUUAUCAAUCACAAAUCAUAUUGCGACGACAGCCAAAAAUUAAACUAAAUCUAGCCUAUCGCGAUGAUGCUCUUCAUGUGUUAGUUUGUCAUGUGAGAAAUCUAGAUAAUGAUCGAGUAACACCUCCCGAUUCCUAUGUAAAACUAUAUCUACGGCCAGAUCAAAAUAAAAUUACCAAAAGGAAAACAAGAACAAUGCCCAAAAAUGCCCAUCCAACAUUUAUGGAAACGUUUGCCUAUAAAUAUCAAUUGGAUUUCAUAAUUUCAAAAACACUUGAGGUUUCCGUUUGGGAAUCGGAUAUGACUGGCAAUAAACGUUUAGGCCAGGUGGAAAUACCGCUUAGUCAAAUCGAUUUGUAUACCAAAAAUGAACGCUGGUAUAAUCUACAAUGAUUUUUCUUUUCUUUUUUUCAAUUAUUUUAUUUGAAUUUCAUAAAAAAAUUUUGUUUGUAUCCAAUGAAUUAUUUUUUAUUCAUUUAUUUUCUAUAUAUUAAAAAAAAUUGUAUCAAAAACUCAAUAAAAUGCAAUGAAUGGCUUGAUCCUUGA